AUGAUAGACCGUUCGGACACGGUGGGACCGACAGUGUCUUCCUGUCCUUCCGAUGUGACCGUUACUGUUGAACCGGGGAUCUUCACUAUGGCAGCAACCUGGACGCCCCCAUCCGCAACUGAUGACGUCACAUCCCAGGGUAAUAUAAUCCAGAUAGUUACGAACGACCCAGGAGAUUCUUUUGGAGUGGGCACAACUCCUGUGACGUAUGUCUUUCUGGACGAGCAAGGGAACAAUGGGACAUGUCAAUUCAACGUUGUCGUAAUCCAAACCGAUGGAGACACCGUACCUCCCGUAUUUUCUGGAUGUCCACCUAAUAUUGAUAUCUCAGCUCCUUUUGGUGCUACAUCUACCACUGUGACAUGGACGGAACCCACGGCAAGUGAUAGCGGUCUUCAACUAACUGUUAGCUCUGAAAUCAGCCCUGGUGCAAACUUUCCGAUUGGAGUCACAACUGUCACUUACACAGCUACGGAUAGGAGCGGACUGAACUCACAGUUCGACAACAUAAGGCCAGUACUAACCUGUCCAUCCUUCACGCCGCAAGUAGUUGAACUUGGUACAGACACGGUGGAACUGUCUUUUAACGAUCCUGAAAUCAUGGAUGAAUCCAAUACGGCAACCCUAUCAUAUCGAAGCCAUUACUUUCCUUUUAACUUCAGCGUCAGUGUAGCGACUACCGUUGAAUUUGUGGCCAUGGAUCAAGCAGGAAACGUGGGAUCCUGUUUCUUCUCGGUUUUCUUCAGGGGAGCUGAUCGUACUCCGCCAACCGUUAUGUGUCCAGACCCAAUAAACCGCACAGUCGAGCUCGGACAGGGUUUCAUCAAUGUUUCUUUCCCGAACGCGAAUGCAACAGAUUUCAGUGUUGUCACUCUCGUGAGUCAGAGUCACACUUCGGGUGACGCCUUUCCUGUAGGCGAGACAAAUGUCACAUUCGUCUUCCAGGAUGAGGGCGCGAACAUCGGGGAAUGUAGUUUUCCAAUUUCCGUUGUUGCUGUCGAUACCACACCACCGGAAGUUAUAUGUCCUUCCAUUUUCUACGAGACGGUAGAACUCGGUCUUAACAACACGACAAUAAUCUUUCCAAAUGACACGGCGAAUGCAACAGAUAUAUCGGGCACGCCGUCUCUUUUCAGCAUUACACCACCGUCGGGAUCGGUAUUUGAUAUUGGACAAACCCUUGUUACCGUCGUCUUCACCGACAUGAGCAACAAUCUUGGCAAUUGUACAUUCACUGUCAAUGUUACAAUGCAGGAUACUACUCCACCAAUGCUAACAUGUCCUGAAACCAUCAUCCAGGAGACAGAAGUCGGUCUGGGUCCAGUGAAUGUGUCCUUUGACGAUCCUGUCAUUUCCGAUGCGUCCAACACGGCAAUGAUAGUGUCACGAAGUCACAACUCGGGUACCUUCUUUCCUGCUGGAGCGGUCACUCUGGUCAACUUCACCGCUGCUGAUGAGAGUGGAAACCACGCAUCGUGCUCCCUCGCCAUCUUCAUUAUGGAAGGUACGACUACCUCCUGA